AUGACGUAUACUGAGUUAUAUCCUUCUUUAUUUCAAAAGGGGUUAGUGGUUCCUAGACCUUUGGGUCCACCUCCUGAUCCUUUGCCUCCAUGGUAUAACCCAAAUGCUCAUUGCCCUUUCCAUGAGGUGCGAGAAUUGGUGGAAAAGAAGAUUCUUUCAUUCAGAGACUUGGGGCCUAAUGUCAAGAGUAAUCCUUUGCCAGCACAUGAAACUGUUAAUGCAAUUGAAGAAGCAUCCAAUGGUGAUGUGAUCAAAGAUGUUGCAAAUAUCAAGACUCCUUUGCUAGCGUUCCAUGCGAGACUAGUAGAAGCUGGUUUAGUUAGUGCUUGUCAUAAAGAUUGUGAAGAAUGUGCCAUUCAUCCAGAAGGAUGUGAGAUGAGCCUUGAGAUAACCUAUAGAAGAAAAGAUAUUGUUCAGCCAAUUAAUCACCUAUCACCCGUGGUUAUCUGCAUGCCUAGUCCUUUCCCCUAUGAAAGUACUAAGUCAGUACCAUGGAAAUAUGAUAUAACUGUCAUUGACAAAGAGUCUGAAGAGGUUAGACAAGAGGAAAGUUCGAAGGUUGAUGGUGUCGAAGUCACAAACAUCACAGGGACGAGCCAAAUGACUCGUAGUGGGCGGAUUUACACUCCCCAGUUUAAUGUGGCCUCUCAAGCACCAACCAAAGAAACUACAGCUGCAGCCCCUGUUAGGAAGAAAAAUAUGGUUCAAUCCAAUGAAGAUGCUGAAUUUUUAAAGAUAAUUAAAAAGAGUGAUUACAAAGUAGUUGAUCAACUGCACCAGACACCAUCAAAAAUUUCCAUUUUGUCCUUGCUUAUGUGUUCCCCAGCUCAUAGGAAUGCAUUAUUGAAAGUGCUAACGCAAGCCCACGUCACUCAAGAUAUAAUGGUUGGCCAGUUUGAUGGAGUGGUUACCAAUAUCACAGCUUGCAACAUCCUGAGUUUCAAUGGUGGAGAGUUUCCAAAGGAAGGACAAAAUCAAAAUCGCGCCUUGCAUGUGUCAGUGAAGUGCCAAAAGGAUACUCUAGCCAGAGUUUUAGUGGAUACAGGGUCCUCCCUCAAUGUUCUACCAAAGAGGCCACUUGCCAAAUUAGCUUUUCAAGGAUCAGAAAUGAGGCCUAGUGCACUGAUUGUCAAAACAUUUGAUGGGUCCCGGAGGACUGUGGUUGGACAAGUGAAGUUACCAAUUCUGAUUGGGCCACAUGCUGAUGAAGAUUCCUUGGAAACUUCUUUCCAAGCUCUGGAGAUAGCCAACGCCACUUUUGUGGAAGUGAAGGAAUCUGUGGAGAAAGUCAUCCCAUCAUUUUCAUCUGUGAAAGGUACAAAGAUAACUAUUGAGAAUGGGAGUCCUGAAGGUUGGGGACAAGUUAUUGACAUCAGCAUGAAGAAAGACUGUUUCGGUUUGGGGUACAAUCCAUUCGCUAAAGAAGGAGCCUCGAUACCUACAAAGGAUUGUGUGCGAAGAAUUCAAGAAGUAUUCCUCAGUGCAGGCUAUGUCUAUGGAGAUCAAGUCAACACUGUUGAAGAAGACACUAAAGAUGAAGACAUGACAAAUCAGGUGUAUCAGUAUGAAGCAACUUUGACCAAUUGGGAAGCAAUUGAGAUUCCUGAAGUCAUUCCUAUAUCAAAGUAA